AUGGCCAUCCGGUAUCUGAUCCUGCUGUCGCGGCAGGGCAAGGUCCGCCUCGCGAAAUGGUUCACCACGCUCUCGCCCAAGGAUAAGGCCAAGAUCAUCAAGGACGUUUCGCAGCUGGUCCUGGCGCGCCGCACGCGCAUGUGCAACUUCCUCGAGUACAAAGACACCAAAGUCGUGUACCGUCGAUAUGCCUCGCUCUUCUUCAUCGCCGCCACCGAUCCCACGGACAACGAGCUCAUCACCCUCGAGAUCGUCCACCGCUACGUAGAACAGAUGGACAAGUACUACGGCAACGUCUGUGAGCUGGACAUCAUCUUCAACUUCCAGAAGGCCUACUUCAUCCUCGACGAGCUGCUGCUCGCCGGCGAGAUGCAAGAAAGCAGCAAGAAGAAUGUGCUCCGCGUCAUUGGCGCACAGGAUAGUCUCGAGGAUAUGGAGUACCUACCACUCCGCGAUAUCGAUAUCGUCACGAAUGCGCUGAACUUCUCGACCGCCGACUCCCACGUCAUCGGAGGAUGUGAUAUCUACACCACGAAAGCCGCAGGAGGCGACAAGAAGCUGUAUAAGAACAUUGAGCACAGCCUCGAAUCGCAGUAUGAAUCUCUUGUAAGGCUUUCGGCGUCCCUAAGUCCACCAUACCGGACAGCUAGUGAUGAUGGAAAUGGCAGCGAGAGGAAUGGACGUAGCAGACGAGGACACACGGUUGAUCCGAUACACGAGAUCGACCUUUCGCGUGCUUCGCCUUUCGGACCGCUGAGCCAAAUUACCGCGCGUCGGACCUUUGCGUAUCUGAUCGCAACGCUCAAUGCGUCACACCCAGACUACGACUUCUCGCACAUUCUGCGACCGUCAGACUUUCGCAAAGAGCGGAGUCUCCGGACCGUCAUGCAUACCAUCGACUCCACGCUCCAGAGCUUACGACCGAGGCAGACCGCGGCGUUGAACUACUUGUCCCCGCCGUCAUUGUCCGGAUCUGCGCCCUCUGGACAUGGAUUGAUGAAUGAGAUCUGGAGCCAGAACAUGUGGAAGCUCAUCGACAAGGAGAUGAAUCUACGCCAGUGCGAGAAAUACUCGUAUGUCCCAGAGGACGACCCAUUCGACGGAGAGGAAGGCGCGAUCUGGAGCAUGCACUAUUUCUUCUUCAACAAGGAAAAGCGUCGCGUCUGCUACCUCUACCUGCGCGGGUUCAGCGUGUUAUCCCAUAGUCCGGUGAAUGCGCCAACCCGCCCAAAGCCGGUGCAGCGCAAGAUCUCGAGUCUCUCCGCGAAUGAAGGUGCUGGAAAGCGAGCUUCGUUCUGGCUCAGCAACGACAUGCUCCAGAGGAGCGUGGACACCAUGGGCUACGGCGAAGACGAUGACGACGAGAUGAUCAUCCCCGAGCCCGGCGAUGACGAAGUCGAAGUACCCUUCAUGCACCUGGACGACAUCCGCAGCGAUCUGCUGGAAGGCAGAUACAACUACUCGAUAUCUGAGGAUGACGAGUACGGAGUCGAAGAGUCAUGGAAGGCUUCGCAACACGUCCGCGGCUUGAGCGAGGAGAUUGGAGCUCAGAUGGAGCUUGAUGAUUGA